GAAAAAAAACAGAGGUUACACAAUUGUUUUCUUGUUGUGACAGCCACGUGUGUUAUAUGAGAAAGUACUGCUUAUGCUAAAAUCCCCAGUGGUACAGACUCCAGUUGAGUAAUGCAGUUGAUUUUCCUCGGGACAGCUUCGUGCUACCCUACAGCACACAGGGGCGUUAGCUGCACUGCCCUCAGGCUCGACGAUGGUAACGUCUGGAUAUUCGACUGCGGGGAAGGGUCGCAGGUGCAGAUUCAGAAGAGUUCAGUCCUUCCGGGGAAAAUCAAAAAGAUCUUUAUAACUCACUUGCACGGUGAUCAUCUUUUUGGCCUUCCGGGUUUGGUCUGUACGCUGGGAUGUCAGGUGCAGGACAGGAAGGAACCUUUCAUUCUGGACAUCUACGGUCCCUUGGGUCUCAGGAGAUACCUGAGAGAGAGUCUUAAAUUGUCAGUUUCACCUCUUCCCUUUAAGUACAAAGUUCAUGAGUUGGUCCCUUUUGACUUUAAAGGCACUCUCUUCGAGUCCCAAGAGUGGCAAAUUGCAGUUGGAUCCCUUCAUCCACAAGAAGAGUUAGGAGAUACAAUCUAUGAAAAACAAGGGGUAUGGAAUGUUAUGCUUGAAAACAAUAUAUCUGUAUAUGCUGGUCCCCUCGUACAUCGGAUUCCUUGCUUUGGCUAUGUUGUAAAAGAAAGCCCAUCGCCAGGGGCUUUGAAUGUCCUUCAGCUUAAGAAAGAGGGCGUUCCUCCUGGCCCUCUUUACAAACAAAUCAAGGAUGGGCAUCCGAUUGCAUUGCCUAGUGGAAAAAUUAUCAUUCCCGAGGAAGUCUUGGGCCCUCCAAAACCUGGUAGGUGCAUCACGAUUCUUGGAGACACCUGUGAUUCAUCAGCGCUUAAAGAUAUAGCUAUCAACAGUGAUGUUCUUGUUCAUGAAGCGACAUUGGAAGAAAGUAUGAAAGACAAGGCUAUCGAACACGGCCAUUCUACGCCUGUCAUGGCUGUCUCUUUUGCCGAAAGCAUCGCCGCAAAAAAAUUAAUACUGUUCCACUUCAGCCAACGGUACAAACGCGACACUGGAGAAGCGGGAGAAGAUGGUGACAAUAAUACAAGCGUUAAUAUCCUGCACAAAGAAGCUGAGCUAGAAUGUAAUAAGAGAAAUUUCAUCUGUGAUAUAAUGCUUGCAGAAGAUUUACUAGAAAUAGACGUAAAAAGGCCUGUUCCAAAAUAAUUGCUACAUUUUUUGUAUGAAUAAAUAAAAGCAAAAAAAAAAACUCAUCA